GCGAACAGCGGCGGCAGCCGUGUCGCUGCGAGCUGUCAGAAUCGGUCGGUCGUACAGAGAGGCUCAUAGCGCGUAUAACCUAUAUCCUCGCCGCGGCGCUGUUACGUUCUCCGUGCCUCCUCCCGGCGGGUGGCGGCCGCACCUCCUCCUUCUCGACGAUUUUAAUCUCGUUAGCGGACACGUGCGCGCCCCCGCGCCUACAGGCCGCCUAUACGACGACCUACCGUGUUGGGGCUUCGCCAAUCUGGUUUGGUCUAACAGGAUCUCGAACGACCGAGGGUUGAUAAAAGGCUGCGUACCGAGCGGGCGCGGCGCGAAUCGCAGGAGGAGUUGCUCCGUUCGAGGUGUGGGCGCUCGUGCAGCAGCAGCAGCAGCAGCAGCAGCAGCAGCAAUAACAAGCAGACGACCUCGUCAUUGUCUUCUAUCCUCUCGUUCCCGGUUCGUUCGUUCUUUUCUACGUAGUCGUCCACAGCCUCUGCCGAUUCUACCGUACGUUUGUUGCGUACACGUUGCGUGUGUGCGCGCCGCAUAUAUAUAUUCAGUGUGAGAAUCCCUAUCUCGUCUCGCGUGUGCGAUACAAGAAAGAGUACGACAGAUUGAGCGAGCCAGAGGACAGAGAGAGAGAGAGAGAGAGAGUGAGAGAGUGAGUGAGAGAGAGUAAGAGAGACAGGGCUAGAGAGCGAAUCGAAGGAAAAAAGAGAGAGGGGAGAGAACGAGAAAGAGAGAAAGAGAGAGAGAUAGAGAGUGAGAGAGAGUGAGACUGACAAGGAGUCGAGAAACCAAGGAGGGGGCGAGAGUGAGAGAGAAAGAAAAGUGCGAGUGAGAGGGGGGUAACGGCGAGAAAGAGAGGGAGGUAGAAAGAGAGAGACAGAGCGCCGGGUGGGUUACCACACCCUACGCGCCGGGAACCGAGUGAACGAGUGAACGAGCCGUACGAGAGCUCUCUCGCGAGUGGUACGCGGGUACAGCGAGGGACCCAGGGACCGACGAUCGAGAUUCGACGGAGUACGCACAGGACUCUCUAGAUCUCGAUCCAACGGACCUUGCUCUCGCGACAUUUCUCUCUAACCGGAUAGACGAUCGCCGAAAUCGCGCGGCGCGAGCAAAGAAGGCUGGAGAGGAGACGUGUGUGUGCGCGUGUCCCUCCCGCGAGUGCGAUCUUUUUUUUUCACACGUUUACGUUGUAAUACGUGCGCGCGUGAAUCCCCUUGAGUCGUGGUAAAGCUGAAAAAGACGAAGGAUAAAGGAUAAGGGGAUAGAGGAACGUUAAACGGGUGUACACAGUAAAGAGAAUAGAGCAGAGGACAAGCCACCGGCCGAGGUUCGUGCUUGUGCGUACAUGUGUUGAUGUGUCGCUGGCGUCGUCGAGCCCUGCCAGGAGUGCUCCGUCGCCGCGUGUGCCGACGUCGUUGAGAAUACGGGGACCACAUCCACGUUUACGUCGCCGUCGCCGUCGCCGUCGUUGCGGUUGCCAUCGCCAUCGUCGUCGCCGUCGUCGUCGUCGUCGUGGACAAGUGGUUGUGAAGCGUGCUAGUGACUGUAGUGCUGGUGCAGCGGGUCGGGAAGAGUUCCGUUCGCCUCUGGCAGGACGAGAGGGAAGGAAGAAGAGAAACCACGAGGACGGCGACGAGGCAUCGUCGCUUGUUCGCGGUGGCAAGGUAAUACCGACGAUACCACCCGUGCCCAUCGAGCCCGCUGCUGUCCACGACAAACCUCGUCGCUCAGCAAUCACUCGCCACCACCGUAAAUCGUUCGUUCCCUCUCUCCCUUCCUCCCUCCCUCUCCCUUCUCCUUUUCCUUCUCCUCCUCCUCCUCUUCCUCUUCCUUCUCAUUUUUCUUCUCUCUCCCACCUUCAUCCGAGGAUCCUGCCGUCCUGAGCCAUGGCGUGCUGCCUGUCGGAAGAGGCAAAGGAGCAGAAACGUAUCAAUCAAGAGAUUGAGCGGCAACUACGAAAGGAUAAAAAGGAUGCCAGGCGGGAACUCAAGUUGCUAUUAUUGGGUACUGGUGAAUCCGGCAAAUCCACUUUUAUUAAACAGAUGAGAAUUAUCCACGGAGCCGGCUACUCGGACGAUGAUAAGAGGGGGUUCAUUAAACUCGUGUAUCAAAACAUUUUCAUGGCCAUGCAGUCCAUGAUCCGGGCCAUGGACCUCCUUAAGCUCGAGUAUGCUGAUUCUUCGAAUAUAGAAAAAGCCGAGCUCGUGCGCGUCGUGGAUUUUGAAACGGUGACAACGUUCGAGAGUCCAUACGUAGAAGCAAUCAAGGAUUUAUGGGCAGAUGCUGGCAUCCAAGUGUGUUACGAUCGCAGGCGAGAAUAUCAGCUCACAGACUCCGCUAAGUAUUACCUAAUGCAGAUAGAUCGAGUCGCGGCACCAAACUACCUCCCCACAGAACAGGACAUUCUUCGUGUGAGAGUGCCCACUACUGGUAUAAUUGAAUAUCCUUUUGACUUGGCAGAGAUUCGAUUUAGUUAUCUUAGUGACCUAGAGCGUAUCGAAAAGCCCGACUUCCUUCCUACUGAACAAGACAUUCUUCGGGCUCGAGCUCCUACUACUGGCAUUAUAGAAUAUCCGUUUGAUCUGGACUCCAUCAUAUUUAGGAUGGUAGAUGUUGGUGGACAGAGAUCGGAAAGAAGAAAGUGGAUUCACUGUUUUGAAAAUGUAACUUCCAUUAUCUUUCUAGUAGCUCUAAGUGAAUAUGAUCAAAUUCUGUUUGAAUCCGAGAAUGAGAACCGAAUGGAGGAAAGUAAGGCACUGUUCAAAACAAUUAUCACAUAUCCUUGGUUUCAACACUCCUCUGUCAUUUUGUUCCUAAACAAAAAAGAUCUGCUAGAAGAGAAGAUUAUGCAUUCCCAUCUUGUUGACUAUUUUCCUCAAUACACUGGUGAAAAGUACGAUGCUUUAGGUGCAAGAGAGUUUAUUUUAAGGAUGUUUGUCGAUUUGAAUCCAGACUCUGAGAAAAUAAUUUAUUCACACUUUACGUGUGCCACAGAUACAGAAAACAUCAGAUUCGUUUUUGCAGCAGUGAAAGACACCAUUCUACAAUUCAACUUAAAAGAAUACAAUCUGGUUUAGAUGACAAUAUGUGAAACUCUGAAUAGACUCAAGAAUUUUUCUUAUAUCCUGACCAAGGUAUCAGUGUGAACUCUGUUAAGCUAUAAAAAUGGAGAGAAUAAGCGGAAACAAAAUGAAAAUAAACAAUAACUUGUGGUGCCAUCAGCAUACUGUCGCUGUUCCAUUACAAGUGUACCAACUAUUAGUAAAAUUAGUGGGAGGUAACAGCGAUGAGCGAACAUGGACCUAAAUCAGAGCGUUUAUACGUUCUUUCCUAAACCUUUUCACUGUCAAUACCAACAAAUUGAUUUAGUUUCAUACUCUAUUUGUUGAAUUUGUUACCUUUUUUAUAGAUUAGUUUAGUCGAUCAUGCCUGGCUGACUACAUAAUCGUCUGAUUUUUAUAUAACAAAUACCAACACGUAAAUAAACGUAUAAGAUAUAAUAGUGCAGCCAUGCCAUACAAAUGUCUGUCCAAGUGUUUAUCUCGAGUCGAGAGAAAUCUCUGCGAGAAACUGAAAGAGAAAAAGGGACAAUUGCUUUUUAAUCACGAUUAGUCAGUGACACAAGUGAGAGUAAUUCUAGUGCCAUUUACUAGUGUGGUGUUUUCAUUGCAGUCCUUUCUUAGAUGCAAAAAGCCAAAGUGUUUUUUUAAUCUGUGCCAGAAGCGAGUAAAGAUUUUUUUCUGCAUGCGACUCAAAUUCAUAAUUCAUCGUAUAAAUAUCGUUGUAUAUAAUAUAUGAAAUGAAACAUAGGUUAGCAUCGAAAGAAAACAAGAUACAAACCAACAAGAAGGAAACUUUACCCCCCUUCAAUAUUAACAAAUUAUUAGAGAACGACAUCUGUUCGAUGUGAGUUUAGGUAAUUAGGAGGCAAGAGAUUGCAGAUUAAUCUGUUAUCUCUCUUCUCCUUAGGCUGUGUACAGAAUGCGAGGGCUGAGAUCUCAUGCCAUAAAACUAUAAUCAUACAAUUCAUAAGCAACAAAAAAAUUCUUAAUUAUAAUACAUGGCUUUCCUUUCAUCCAGCCCUCGCUUGUUGGCACAGCAUUGCGUAGCAAGGGACAUGGUUCAAUAACAUAUGCCCCUGGCAUGCAUUGUAUCCACAUUACAGUGUACGUAUGUAUGACCUGCUCACUGCCUGCGCUCGCUCAUGCUGGCUAGCGCACUGCCCACUGCUUGUAUUCUCUAAUGGAUCGACCGACUGCUGUUUUUACCACCUUUCAAUGUUCCAUUGCCAGAAUACUUGUACGAAGGUGGGGGAAACUGCUUUGUGCGUAUCUAGAGAGUACAUGCAAAAUAAACUCUACAGUGUUGAUCAGACUGGUAAAUUAGAGUAUGGCAUUGGACAUGUAUGGUUCAAACGUCUAACUCUGAGACUGGAAACACUGGACGCACAUUGGGCAGCAUAUGUCAUACCUACUUUGGUCGAGACACUGAAUUUAUAUGAAAGAAAAAAAUAUAUAAAUACAUUGGAUAAAAUAUAAUAUUAAGAGAUAAUAACAAAUAAUAUUGAAUAAUAAUAAAAUAAUAAUAAUAACAAUAAAAUAAUAUUAUUAAUAUUAAUAUUAAUUGAAUAGUAAUAAUAAUAAUAAAAUAAUAAUUAUUAUAAUAUAAUAAUAUUAAUAAUAAUAUAAUAAUAUUAAUAAUAAUAUUAAUAAUAAUAAUAAUAUUAAUAAUACUGCUUGGUUUUCAGUGAGAGUGUGCGAUUCAAGUGAAUGAGUUGCACCAAGGGAGAAAAUAUAAAUGCGUAUUUCAAGUGCAAAACGAUGCUAGUGAGAAAAUAUGGUAGCAUAAAUGAAAGAGAGCAAAAGAGGGAAAAAGAGUGAAAGAGAGAGAAAAAGAGAGAAAGAGUGAGAGAGAAAGACGGAAAGAAAGAGUAAGAGAGAAAGAAAGAAAGAGAGAAAGGGAGUGUAUGUAUGUUGUGUGUGUG